AUGAAUCAGUGGCGUCGCUUCCAGUUCUUCGAGGACCGCUCGCCCGUCGGGCCGCUAGCCGACGCGCUCGCGCAGGGCGUGCGGUGCGGUGCGGGAGGCCGAGGCCGACUAGCCGUUGGCACGGAGAGCGGCUCGGUUCUGUUGCUAGAUCGGUCGCUGCAUGUUCGGCGAAGCUUCGUGGCUCAUGAAGGUCCCGUGGCGUUUCUACACCUGUUCAAGCAACGUAGCUGUCUGUUGACAGUGGGCAAGGAGGCAAGGGGAGCAGCUGUGGUGCUGUGGGAUUUGGACAAGACUGCUGCUCCUGCUGUUGCGGGUGCCGGUGCUUCUUCAGGUGCUUCAGGCGCAGCAGUAGCACUGGAAGGGGGUGCCCCGGUGCCUUUACGGACGUAUAACAUCUUCUCAGACGCCUUUCCUGCUGCACAGGUGAGUGAGUGUGUGCUGAUCAUGCUUAAUGGAGCUCUCCCCCCCGUUGCAGUCACAGGGCUGGGGUUCCGGAUCCUGGAUUCAGGCCCGCAGCUCUUUAUAGUCACGGGCGAGACAGUCACACUGUACACGCUACCCAGUGGCAUGUUUGGGGCUGCAGCGGAGGGAGGGUGGGCGGGGAAGGGAGGUGGAGGAGGAGGGGGAAGGGGAGGAGGGUGGGGGGUAGUGCUGGAGGAGAGAGGAGGGGAUGUGUUCUGCUCUGCCAUGACUGAUACCCAGGAUCUGGUGGUGGCGCGCCCAGAAGCCUUCUACUGUUUCAAUGAGGAUGGCCCGGGGGCGUGCUUUGGGCUGGACGGCCCCAAGCACCGCCUCGCCUGCCUGCGAGGCUACCUGCUCUGCCUGCACUCGCCGCCCUCCCCUCCUCCUACUGCUGCUGCCUCUGCUGCUGCUGGUGGCCCGGCAACAACCGCUGGUGGUGGCGGCAGCAGUGGCAGCGGCGGUGGUGGCGGCGGUGGGGAUUCUGGAAAGCAGCAGCACCAGCAGCAGCACCAGCAGCAGCACCACCAGCAGCAGCAACAUCAUCAGCAGCAGAAGAUGGUCCUAUCAGUGUAUGACACGCGCAACAAGCUGGUGGUCCACUCUGCGCCGCUCACCCCCGCCGCCUCUCUCCUCGCGCCCCUGCUGCUGCUGUGCGAGGGAGGCGCCGUGGUGCUCCUCUCCCUGCACAGGCGAGGCGAUGGCGCGGGAGGGGGAGGAGAUGCAGGAGGGGUCUCAGCAGGAGGAGGAAGAGGCGGAGGAGGGGGAGGGGCAGGAGGAGGAGCAACAGGAGGAGGAGGAGCAACGGGAGGGGGAGGGACAGUGCGAGUGGAGGCGAGGGGGUUGCUGGUGGUGGAGAGGGACAUGGCUUGGAAGCUGGAAGCACUGUUUCGCAAGGGGCUCUACUCCAGUGCUCUCGACCUCGUGGUGUCCCAAGGGGGGGAUGCUGCUGCCACGGCUGAGGUUCUGAGACGAUACGGGGAUCAUCUGUAUGCCAAGCAGGUGAGACGAUACAGGGAUCAUCUGUAUGCCAAGCAGGUGAGAAACGGGUGUGGGUGGUGGGGCUCUGUUGUGUUAAGUCCUGUAUGCAAAGCAGCAGCAGCUGCUGGUGGUGGAGAGGGACAUGGCAUGGAAGCUGGAGGCGCUCUUUUGCAAGAGGCGCGGUCUGAUCAGCUGUAUGCCAAGCGGGGAGGGGAUGCUGCUGCCACGGCUGGAGUUUUGAGGCGCUUCGGGGGCCAUCUAACUCUGAACUAUGAGGAGACGAUGGGGCAGUACGAGCGCACCAUCGGGCAGGUGGAGCCGUCAGGAGACUAUGAGGAGGCAAUGGGGCAGUACGAGAGGACCAUUGGCCAGGUGGAGCCGUCAUACGUGAUUCAGCGCUACCUGCACGCACAGCGCUUGAGUCUGCUCGCGCGGUACCUGGAGCGGCUGCAUGAUAAGGGGAGAGGGUUAGAGAGGGUUGGAGGGUUAGAGAGGGUUGGAGGGUUAGAGAGGGUUGGAGGGUUAGAGAGGGUUGGAGGGUUAGAGAGGGUUGGAGGGUUAGAGAGGGUUGGAGGGUUAGAGAGGGUUGGAGGGUUAGAGAGGGUUGGGCUCGCCCGCUACCUGCACGCCCAGCGCUUGAGCCUGCUCGCUCGGUACUUGGAGCGGCUGCACGAUAAGGGCGUGGCCACUCCGGACCACACCACCCUGCUUAUCAACUGCUUCUCCCGCCUCAAGUCGACUCAAAACACUGCUACUCUCUCCCGUACUGAGCCACUGCGCAUCCCAUCCCUCCAAACCCAUGUGCACCGUUCUCUCUUUCCCGCCCACCAGGACGUCUCCAAACUGGAUGCCUUCGUUUGGGCUGGCAUUGAUGCUCCCUCCUCCAAUACCCACUCCAUUGAACCAGCAACCACAACCAGUCUCAUGCUGCACUCCUGCCCAUCCCUCCACACCCACAUGCACCGCUCUCCCAUACCCGCUUACCAGGACGUCUCUAAACUGGAUGCCUUCGUCCGGGCGGGCUUCGAUUCCCCUUCCUCCGAUACCCACUCCAUCGAACCAGCAACCACAGACAGGCCCACACCUUCCUCUGCCUCCACUCUCCCCCUCUCCCUCUCCCUCUCACUCCCUCACUCCUCCUCCUCUCCCACCCUCCCAUACGAUCCCGACACGGUGAUCCAAGUCUGCUGUUCCGCCGGGUAUUACAGCCAGGCUCUUUUCGUAGCUCAGCGCGCCGCUAAGCAUUCCGCUUACCUAAAAAUCCUGGUGGAGGAUCUACACCGCUAUGCUGACGCGCUGGCCUUCAUUUCCGCCCUUCCUGACCGGGCGAAAAUUGUUUCGGCUGCCCGGGAAUACGGGCCGGUGCUGGCGGCUCACCUGCCCGAGGAAACGAUUUCUUUGUUCUUAGAGCUCUGCACGGGAUUCGGGAGCAGCAGAGACAGAGGGGGGAUGGGAAUCGGUACUGGCUUAACAGGUGGGGAAGGAUCAGGGGGAACUGGAGCAGGCCCCUCUCGGUUUAGGGAUAACAGAGAGUCUGCCUCUCCUCGCCCCAGCCCUGGUGCUUCUUCAGAUUAUGUUUCCUCUUCGUCUGAUUCUGAGCUUCCAAGCUUUGAGUCAGUUCUAAAAGCUGCUGCCGCCGGUGCCGGUGCUGCUGGUCCUGCUUGCAGUGAUAGCACGGGCAGCUCGUUUCUUUCAGGUGAUUCUGCCCGGACGGAUCCCGUGCGGUGGGCAGAACGAAGGAUGCUUCUCGGGCAGCAAAAAGAGAGAGAAGCAGCCAGCAGCAGCAGCAACAGCAGCAGUGCUGCAACCAACUCCUCUUUCAUCCCCCCUUCUCCCACCUCACUCACUUCUCCUCCUGCUUCUGCUGCCGCUGCUGCUUCUGCUGGAAGAGGAGGAACAGGAGCGAGCGGGGGGGAGGGGGUUGGUGAAAGGGGAGUUAUCGUCUCACCUAGGAGUGGAGAGGGUAAUGAUCGGGCAGCUUGCUUGGCGAAGGCAGGGGCGUUGCUGCGAGCCUAUUGGCAGCAGCAGUCGGCUCCUCGUUACGACGCUGACCUGGCACUGCUGACGUGUCAGGUACAUGGUUUCAGGGAUGGCCUCCUCUUCCUGUACGAGAGAAUGCGGCUCUUCAAGGAGGCCCUGGCGAUGCACAUGCGGGAGGGCGACAGCAAGGGGCUCAUUGCUGCGUGCAAGCGGCUGGGGGAUGCGGGGAGGGGGGGAGAUCCGAGUGUGUGGGCGGACGUUGUGAGGUACCUGGGGGAACGGGGGGAGGCGUGCGGGGAGGAGGUGGCGGAGGUGUUGAGUGCGGUGGAGAGGGGUAACCUGCUGCCGCCGCUGCUGGUGCUGCAGACUCUCUCGCGCAGCCCGCACAUCACGGUGGGGGAGAUACGGGACUAUGUGUCGCGGCACUUGCAGCAGGAGACAGCCAUUAUUGAGGAGGACAGGCGGGCGAUUGAGAAAUACCAGCACGAGACUGACAAGUACAGGAAAGAUCUGCACCAGCUCCUGACCGAACCUCUCGUCUUCCAGUCCUCCCGCUGUGCCGAGUGCAACUCGCCACUCGACCUCCCCGCCGUCCACUUCUUUUGUCUGCAUGCGUUCCACCUGCGCUGCCUUGCCGACCCAACCACGGCAGUAGCCGCCGCUACAGCCGCGGCUGCUGCCUCAAUGGCAGGUGACGUGGGGGGGGUGAGUGGGGGCGGAGGGGUGAUGGGAGGAGGCAUGGGAGGGGGAGGGUACGGCGGGGGAAGAGCGGGGGGGUAUGGAGGAGGGAUGGGAGAUGUAGGAGAGGGAGGAGAGGAAGGAGAGGGAGGGGAGGGAGGGGAGGGAGGGGAGGGAGGGAUGGAGUGCCCCAAGUGUGCGGCAUCAUACCGGGUGGUGAGGGAGAUGCGGGUGGGGCUGAGGCAGAGUGCGGCGGACCACGACCGCUUCUUCCAGGAGCUGCAUGACGCCCGCGACGGCUUUGGUGUUGUCGCUCUCUACUUUGGCCGCGGUCUCGUGCGCGCGGAAGACGCCUUGUAG